AUGCAAGAAACAAUAUUGGACUUACUCAAUAAAAGUGAUAUUGAAAAACGUUGCAUUGAAGAAGAGGGAACUGUACAAUAUUAUAUCAAUCAAUUAAUUAACGUAUUAUUGAUAGAAAAACAAAUCACUGAAGAAGUAAUGAAACUUCAAAAAGAUUUAGAGGAAUCAAUUAAACAAACAGAAAAGGAAGAAAAAGAAAUGUAUAAAAACAAAGAGACAUUUGUCAAAAUUAAUAAUGAAAAAAUUGCUUUAAAAGAAGAAAUGGAACGAAGUAAAAUAAUGCUACAACUUGCUUUUAAACGAAACCAGAUGCUUCAAAAUGAAAAGAAAAGAUUGAAGUCAUUAACUCAGCCAAAGACUAAUGAGAGUAAUACAAAAAAAUGGAAAAGCAUUCGUAAAGAAGUAAAAGAAAUAAGAAAAGGACUUGAUGAACUUAUUCAACUAGAAAAAGAAAAAAAGGUUAAAGAAUUAAAAAUAGUUAAAUUUGAAGAACUUAAAGAAGAAAGAAAAAAAGAAAUUGAAGACUUAAAAAAAUUAAAGGAAAAACGAUUACUAGAAAAUCAAAUAAAAGAAGAAAAUGAUAGUCAAAAAUCAAGUAGUGAAAGUGAGUAUACACCUAAUCAACAAGACUCACUAAAAAUGACACAACCCUUUGGUACUUCUGUUUUACGUCAAAUAGAAAAAAAUAAUGUUAUGGAAGAAGAAGAAAUAGAAAAAAUAAAUAAAGAUAAUAAUCAGGUUAACGAAGAAGAUGCAUUCUUUCAUUCAGACCAAACAGCAAGUGAAGAAAUUGAAAUGGAUAAUGAAGAAAGUGAAAGUGAUUCUACAACACCAACCAGUAACGACAGUGAUUAA